AUGAACGCUAUUCAGGAUGGCAUCCACCAAUUGAAAUCACCAAGGUCUAUAACAUUCAACAAUAAACAACUAAGGUAUGUUCAGGAUAUGACAACGUUAGCCUUUGGUUGUGGUGCGGGCAUUCUACAGUUAGAAUCGUUGGAGGGAUUCGCUAUGUUUUUUGUUAGCUAUAUAGCUGUUGGCUUCCUAUUCAUGAUUUGGCUAUGUCAAGGUGAACCAUCGAAGUAUUUCUCAAAUCCCGUACAGGACGUCUUCUUUUCUUCUCUCGUAAGGGAGCUGGCCGGAUUCAUUAUGGCAUGGACUUUCGUGUACGCUCUUCUGGGAUAG